AUGGUAGCUGAUGCACUUAGCCGCAAGUCCAUGGGCAGUUUGACUGAGGUUCCACCAGAUAAGAAAGAAUUAUAUAGGGAUAUGGCUCUUAACAAGAAAAGGAAUUGGUUCAAAAUUUCAUCGGAUGGAGUAUUAUUAUAUGAAGGUAGGAUAUGUGUGCUCGACAUUGCAGGGCUGCGACAACAAAUUAUGGGCGAAGCACAUAAUGCUCGGUAUUCUCAAGUUAAAAUUGAGCAUCAAAAACCCGCUGGAUUGUUACAAAAAAUGGAAAUUCCUUCUUGGAAAUGGGAAAGAAUUAAUAUGGAUUUCGUUACAGGAUUACCGCGCACACCACGCAGAGGUGCCCAGUUUACGGCUAACUUCUGGAGGUCGUUCCAGGUAAGAUUAGGGACUCAGAUGGCACCAUAUGAAGCCUUGUAUAGUAGGAAGUGCAGAUCCCCGAUUAGUUGGUUUGACGUGGGUGAGACUAAAUUAAUUGGGCCAGAUAUGGUACAGCAAGUAGUCGAUAAAGUGAAGCUUAUUCAGGAGCAGUUAUUGGCUACUAAGAGUCGACAUAAAUCAUAUGCUGAUAAGAGACGUCGACCACUAGAGUUUCAUAUUGGUGACUGGGUAUUUUUGAAGGUGUCACCUAUGAAGGGAAUGAUGAGGUUCCACAAAAAGGGUAAGCUUAGCCCGUGGUAUAUCGGACCUUAUCAGAUUACUCGGAGGAUAGGUGAAGUCGCCUAUGAGCUAGACUUACCCUCCGAUCUGGAGGCAGUGCACCCGGUAUAUCAUGUAUCUAUACUUCAUAAAUGUGUUGGGGAUCCCUCCAGAAUAUUUCCUAUAGAAGAUGUGCAGAUAACGGAGGAGCUAUCUUACAAAGAACAGCUCGUAUCCAUUUUAGAUCAGCAAGUGAGAAGAUUGCGCACCAAAGAUGUACCUUCUGUCAAGGUUUUGUGGCGGAACAAUAAUUGA